GGCGUUUAAGGCAAUGCGACGAAGUAGAGGCAGUUUUCGAUGAUAGUCAGAGACACAAACAAACAAGGAAGUUCCACAAUUGAAAACUACAACAAAAACAGAAGUGAUUGAUGCCUAAUUACUUGAACUUUUAAGAAAGAACCUAUACCGAUUUUGUUUUUAGUCAAAUCGUCAAAUUUAUUAGGGACAUUAGGGUAAAACUUUGAUUCCAAUGUCCAGUAAAUGAAAUACCCGUAAAUCAAGCGCUCAAAGUUUUACCUGCGGUGAAGUCAACAGCGAAUGGGCCCAAAAGUUUCAAAAGAAUGAACUGGAAACUUGAAGACAAAAUUUAUAAGGGUAGGUGGAUGGGGCCAGUUUUGGUCGAUCAAAUUGUCAAAUAUCUAGACAAUAUUCCCAUUCUGCAAUGUGCUGAACACGGUGAAAAACUGAACCCCAUUCUCCAACAUUAUGGUCAGCCCAUUGUCAGCCAUCGAUAUCGAUAUAUACCAUAAUGAUCCUCUCUGGAGAUUCAGUGAUUAUACGAGCACCAUCUGGGGCCCCGCCACCUGAGAAGCAGAUCAAUUUUUCGGGGAUAACUGCCCCCAAGUUAGCUCGCAGAGGAGGUGACCUAGCUGAUACAACUAGAGAUGAACCAUGGGCAUGGGAAGCCAGAGAAUAUCUCCGUAAAAAACUCAUUGGAGAAGAAGUGUUCUUCACUGCUGAGAAACCCCCAAGUGCUAUGCGCAAAUAUGGAGUUGUUUACUUGGGAAAAGAUUUGAGCACUGCUGAAAAUAUCAGUGAGUCUUUGGUAUCUGAAGGACUUGUGACUGUUAGAAGAGAUGGUGUUAGGUCAACUCCAGAACUCGCCCGCCUUAUUGAACUUGAAGAUACUGCUAAAGCAGCUGGAAAAGGAAAAUGGUCUACAACUGGUGCAUUGGAGCAUGUCAGAGACAUCAAAUGGUCUGUGGAGAACAUGAGUGAUUUUGUAGAUCAGCACCAGCUCCAGCCAAUCAAAGCUGUCAUUGAGCAUGUCAGAGAUGGAUCUACAGUGAGAGCAUUUUUAUUGCCUGAUUUUUAUCAUAUCACUUUGAUGAUAGCUGGGAUCAGGUGUCCUGGUUUCAAGCUGGACUCUAACGGUAAGCCGGAUCCCACGGUGAAAGUUGAAUUCGCCGAAGAGGCCCGCUACUUUGUAGAGGUCCGCUUGCUCCAACGUGAAGUGGAGAUUGUCCUUGAAUCUGUCAACAACAGCAACUUCAUCGGCACCAUCGUUCAUCCCAAGGGCAACAUUGCUGAACUCUUACUGAAAGAGGGAUUCGCCAAGUGCGUUGAUUGGUCGAUUCGGCUUAUGAAAACCAAGACAGAAAAAUUACGGGCAGCCGAAAAGCAGGCUAAAGAGGCUCGUCGCAGAUUGUGGAAAGACUACGUGGCCAGCGUGCCGAGGAUUACUGGAAAAGAGCUGGACUUCCAAGCCACCGUCAUCGAGGUGAACAACGGCGAUGCUCUCUUGCUGAAAACGCCUAGCGGCGACCACAAGAAGGUCUUCCUAGCGAGCAUUCGCCCCCCGAGGGAGUCUGGCCGUACCAAUGACGACGACGGCAAGCCCAUCCCUCGGCCCAAGGGCUUCCGGCCCCUUUACGACAUCCCCUACAUGUUCGAGGCGAGAGAAUACUUGCGCAAGAAGCUGAUCGGCAAGAAGGUACACAUUGUUAUCGAUUAUGUGCAGGAGGCCAGAGAAGGUUUUCCAGAGAAGACUUGCGCUACCGUCACCAUUGCGGGAAAGAAUGUUGCUGAAGGUCUAGUUGCUAAAGGUCUUGCAACCGUCGUCAGAUACAGAGCCGACGAUGACCAACGCAGCUCCAGGUAUGAUGAACUUCAAGCAGCCGAAACUAAAGCCAUCAAGGCGCAACUCGGAGUCCAUUCCAAAAAAAAUGCACCCGCUUUACGAGUCACCGAAAUCGAUUCUGGCAGAGCGAAAUUGGAGUUAUCUUCCUUCCAAAGGGCGCAACGCAUCGACGCAAUCGUCGAGUUUGUCGCCAGCGGGUCUAGAUUGAGAUUAUACAUUCCCAAAUCCAACAGUUUGUGCACUUUCCUCUUAGGUGGUAUCAACUGUCCCAGAGCCACCCGCCAAGCAACUGAUACCCCUGGAGAACCCUUUGGAGACGAAGCUCUUCUUUUCACCAAGGAGAGGUGCAUGCAGCGAGAAAUCUCCUUCCAGGUGGACACGCACGACAAAGCCGGCAACUUCAUCGGUUGGCUAUGGGUGGACAACGUCAACAUGUCCGUGGCCUUGGUCAAGGAAGGCCUGGCCUCCGUCCACUUCACCGGCGAGAAGUCGCAGUACGCGUCGCAGCUGAAGACUGCCGAAGAGAGCGCCAAGCAGCAGAAACUGCGUCUGUGGAAAGACUACGUCGAAGUGGAGAAGGAAGAGAAGAAGGAAGAGGAACGCGUGCCCACCGAGCGUCAAGUGAACUUCGAAGAAGUGGUGGUGACCGAAGUGACUCCCGAAGGCACAUUCUUCGUGCAGCGAGUGUCCGAAGGGUCGAAAGCCGAGGCGUUGUUCGCCAAGUUGCGUCAAGAGUUCCAAGCCAACCCGCCCCUGCCAGGUGCCUACACCCCUAAGCGAGGAGACUUGUGCGCCGCCCGCUUCACCGUCGACGACGAGUGGUACAGGGUGAAGGUCGAAAAAGUGCAAAGUGGUAAAGCGACCGUCCUGUACAUCGACUACGGCAACAAAGAGACCCUGCCCUCCACCCGCCUAGCCAGUCUGCCCGCCGCCUAUUCGCACGACAAGCCCUUUGCCGUCGAGUAUUCCAUGCCCUUCGUGACCCUGCCCAAGGACGACGAAUUCUCGUCCGUUGCUCUCAAAUACCUCAGAGAAGACACGGCCGCCGCCAAAAUGUACCUCAACGUCGAGUACAGGGUACAAGGGUCGCCUCCUGCUGCUUCGUUGCACACGGACAAAACGUCGGACGCUGACGUCAUCAAGAAUCUGAUCAAGGAAGGGUUGCUGAUCGUCGAUGUUAAAGGUCGUCGCCAAAAUAAACUGCUGGAAAGUUACAGAGAGGCCCAGGACUACGCCAAAAAGCAGCACACCAACAUCUGGGAGUAUGGGGACAUCACGGAAGACGAUGCCAAGGAAUUCGGGCUUGGAAAAUAAAUAGGACUUGGGACCAGUUCACCAGAGCAUACCAACUAACAUUCAGCAGAUAUACUUCCAAAUCACUAAGAUAACGACUAAGUAGAUUUCCAGUUCAUGUCGAAAAUAGAAAUAAUUUAAAAAGUAGCUUAAUUUAUAAAGAAAUAUUCAGGUGUACAUUUGAUGUUUUUUAUGUAUAUCUUGUCUAGUGAAUUCAUAUUUUAUCUAUUGAAUCGAAAAGUUCCCGGAAUAAUUGUUUGUAUAUUUCCAUAAUUUUAUGUAUAUGUCUGUCAAUUUUUUUUUUCUCAGAGUAAUAUUAUUUUUUCUAUUUUGAAGGUGGUUUCACACCUUUUCACAUUAGACUGAUUAUACACAUUUCUGGCCUUGACAGGUUGCUCUAUUGUUAUAAUUUAUGUACUACAUUUUGAGGAAAUAUUGAAUGUAGGUGACGGCUCUGUUUCUACAAUAAAUCGAUAUAUUGUUAAUUUUGAAAUUAAUCUCAAUAACCAUUGUUUAAGGGAAGACCACUGACGCAUGAUAUGAAUAUGAACUAGGAUUUCCUAGACCGACAAUUUCUAAUUUUUUGCCCCUAAAAGAAAGAAGGUUAACUUCUUGGAACUUUUUUCAAGGUCUCAGAAUGAGCUGAAAAUUCGUUUACAGGUUGUUCUCGAUGUGCUGAACACGAAUAUGAAGUCCAUUUUCUUCUAUCUGCUCCAAUUUUCAAGUUAUUUGGAAUAUUCUGGCGACUGCCCGGUCGCUAAAAUUCCAAUACUAAAAACAAUGUUUAUUUUCGGAUUUAGGACAGAAUUAGGUAAUGAUACUCUAUA